AUGAACUCUCUAUUAAGAAAUACAUCUCGGCCAUUAAUGCGGUGUUUCUCUACUUCACCUGUGAAACUUAACGCUCAGCCGCCUAAGUUAAAGCCGAAGAAGUUUAUGGGUCCUGUCACAUGGAAGUCCAUGACUGUGACAGCACUUGUAGGAGGAGGGCUUACAGCAUUUAUGUUAUAUGUAAGAAAAGAGAAACAAGAUGCUUUGGACCGGGAUAGAAAGAGGCAGUUGGGCAAAGCUAAGAUAGGUGGAACAUUUGAAUUGGUUGAUUCUGAGGGAAAAAUUGUAAAGAGCACUGAUUUUCUUGGUAAAUGGCUGUUAAUAUAUUUUGGUUUCACACACUGUCCUGACAUUUGCCCAGAUGAAUUAGAAAAAUUGGCUCAGGUUGUUGAUACUCAUGAUAAAACACCAUCAGCCCCACCACUGCAGCCGCUGUUCAUUUCAGUUGACCCUCAAAGAGACACACCCGAGAUUGUCGGAAAAUACUGCAAAGAGUUUACACCAAGAUUGCUAGGACUGACGGGUACUAAGGAACAGGUUCACCAAGCCUGCAAGUCAUACAGAGUGUACUUCAGUGCCGGCCCACAAGACGUUGACAAUGACUAUAUUGUGGAUCACACAAUUAUUAUAUACCUUGUGGAUCCCGAUGGUGAGUUUGUGGAUUAUUAUGGACAAAACAGAAAUGCUAAGGAAAUUCAUGAGUCAAUUCUUGUAAAUAUAAAGAAAUACGAGGAUGGGAAGAAAUCAUCUUGGUUCUGA